CUGCUGUUCAAGAAAUACUGAAAAUGCCUUUGUGACUCAUUGCAUAUGAGCAACCUGUAACUGCUGACACUAACAUGAAAGUUUUUGUACAAAGACUUGAAAAUAAUGUUUCAUCUGGAAGAGCGAACAGGGCCCCGGUUUAAUAACUCACCUAAAAGAUGGCAUCUCUGACAUUGCAGCAUUCCAGCCAAGGGCCAACUUAGAUCGGAUGCUCAACUUCCUUAUACAGAAGGUUACUGAACAGCUGGUAACAUUGUGUCGAAAGUGAGUCAACCAAUUGAGGAAGUCUCAGAUUGAAUAUAAUGAGAUGUGCAGGGGCUUUUUUUUUGUUUCGUGGAAGUUUGAUUUGAGGAUUCAGUACGUCAGGACCACUUACGACCACAGCUCUUAAAAGUUACGGGAAGAUAUCUCCUUAAAAUACCAGUACGGGAAGAUAUCUCCUUAAAAUACCAGUGAGAAGAAAAAGAAACAUCAGCAUUUACUAUGGAAGAGACCGCAGCCUGUAAACAGCAAGUCGCCUCUUACCUUAAUCUUCUCGCUGAACAUCGGGUGGAGUUAGUAAACGAAAUUAAAAACACUGAAUGCAUCUUGGAAAACCUGCUACAGUCUGGAUAUUUCACCACAGAAGACAGGGAACUUGUACAGAGGAAGAGAACUCGACACGACAAGGUGCGUGAAAUCCUUGACAUAAUAUGCAACAAAGGACAUGAAGCUGCUGAGUAUUUUGUAUAUGUGAUGUACAAGGCUAAAGAUGUUUAUCCAGAGCUGCAGGAUUGGAUAAAAAUAAUUGAGUAUCAACCAUCUGAGCAUUUAGAGAGAAAGGCAAUUCUCCUCACAGAUGCUGUUUGUCAGUAUUCCGAAAAGCUUAGAUGUCAAUUGAAAAGGGAAACAAAGUUCGUCACUUCGUAUUCCCGGAAAGAAGACGUCUUGUUGGAUGAUACUUACACUGAGACUCUAAUGGAACGAGUCAAUGCAGUCAGUGAAACUGAAGGAACCAUUUCCAACUUGGAGGAUUUGUUCAGUGACACAGGCAUCAUCAAUGAGGAUGCAGAGACAGUGUUUGUAACUGGUGAUGCUGGGGUUGGUAAGACCAUCCUGCUCCAGAGACUUCAGAACCUGUGGUCCAAAGGAGAGCUCUGUGCUGAUGUUAAAUUCUUCUUCAAAUUUAGAUGCCGAAUGUUCAAUAACUUCGAAAAGGAAGAUAAGAUUUAUCUCAGAGAUCUACUGUUCAAAUACAACUGUUACCCUGACAAAGACGCUGAUGAGAUAUUUAGUUACAUCCAACAGCAUGCAGAUUCUGUUAUCUUCACAUUGGACGGGUUUGAUGAAAUUAAUGUUGACUGCAACCUUAGUGAUAUCCCUGAUGUCUCUUCACCCUUUGACCCCACACAUCCGGUCACUCUGUUGUUGAACCUGCUUCAGGGAAAUUUAUUGAAAAACUCAAGAAAAUUAUUGACAGCAAGAACUGGCACAAACCUGCCAUUGAGAAUGGUGAGAAAGAGAGUGACACUAAAGGGCUUUACAAAGGAUAAUUUACUGCAAUAUUUGAAGAAGUUCUUCAGAAAUGAAUCCCAUCAAACUUUGGUUUUGACCCAGCUGGAGGCAAACCCCCAUCUGUGUAGUUUAUGUUCAGUGCCAUUGUUCUGCUGGAUUAUAUUUAAAUGCUACAAGCACUUACAGUCAGAAUGUAACUCCCAGCAAAUAUUGGAUUAUGUAACAUUGACUGACAUCUACCUGUUGAUGUUGGAGGUUUUCCUAAACCGUUCUUCCAAAAUGAGGUUGAACAAAAGAAACAAAAGUCAAAGUGAGACAUUCAAAGCGAAGAGGGAUUCUCUAAUGAGUUUGGGAAAAUUGGCAAAAGAGGGAAUUGAAAGCAAUAACUUUAUCUUUAGUCAGGAGCAAAUUGCAGCAGCUGGCAUCUCAGAGGAGGAUUUACAGUUGGGUUUUGUCAAGAGUGCAGGCCACUAUGAUGGAUGUGGGAACCAAUCCACUUAUGAAUUCCUUCAUCUGACCCUCCAGUCAUUUUUCACCGCGCUUUUCCUGGUUGUUAAUGAGAGAAUUAGUGCGAAGGAAAUCAUUAUGUUUUUUACUGGCAAGAUACCACGUGGAGGGCAGUCAUGUCCACUCAGCUCUUCAUUCUCAUGCAAAAACUCCAAGAGGAGCUCAAAAGAACACUUGCUCGAGUCCCAAGAACACUUUCAACUAACUGUUUUCUUUCUUUGUGGCUUGCUUUCCAAAACCAAGGUAGAUGUACUGAAUCGUUUAACUUGCCAAAUAAGCAUUCAAAAGAAGAGAGCAGCAUUGAAAUCCUACCUUGUUGGCUGUGUGAAAACAUACAUGAGCAAUGAUUUCUAUCAGAUGCGAGCUGCCCCACGCUUCAAAUGGCUGGUGAGAUGCAUAUUUGAAGUGCAGAGCAAAGAAGUAGCCAGACUUGCUGCCAAGAAAAUUCAUCAAGAUUAUAUAAAGUUCACCUAUUGCAAUGUCUACUCAGCAGACUGCAGUGCAAUCACUUUUAUUUUACGCGACCUUCAGAAAACAAUUGGGCUUGAGCUAGACAAUAACAACAUCAAUGACUACGGAGUGAGAGAACUAAUUCCUUGCUUCAGUAAACUUCGCAUUAUCGGGUUGAAUGCAAAUCAAAUCACAGAUGAGGGAGUUCAAGUGCUAUCUGAAGAACUUAGAAAGUAUAAAAUUGUUCAAUUUCUUGGCUUAUACAAAAAUCAGAUUACUGAUGCUGGUGCCCAGUAUGUUUCAACACUUAUUGAUGAAUGUCCAAGUCUACUCAAGUUGGCCAUUGGUUACAACAUGAUUACAUCUGAAGGAGGGAAAAGACUGGCACAAGCAGUUCAGAAAAGUAAAACAAUCAAAUAUCUCUGGAUGUGGGGGAAUCAAGUUGGAGACUUGGGUGCUGAAGCUUUUGCUCAAGCUUUAAGAAACCAUCCUUCUCUAAAAGAGCUCAGUCUUGCAGCAAAUGGCAUUUCCACAGAGGGAGGUAAAUAUUUAGCUACAGCACUGGAAGACAACAAUUGCCUGAAGACACUCUGGCUUACAGCAAACAAACUGGACGAUGAAGCAGCGAGGUGGUUUGGAAAUGUGCUCAAAGUAAACAGGAGCCUACAAACCUUAUGGUUGGUUGAGAAUAACAUUACAUUGAUUGGAGCAAAACAUCUCAUUGAUGCACUGAAAAUAAACAACUCAAUGCAAGAGAUUUGCCUGAAGAGCAAUAAAAUAUCCAUUGAAGAAACCAGAGCCCUUAUUACAGAGCAACGCAUUGUGUUCUGAAUAGCACCUACUGCAGUGGGAUUUAGAAUUGAUAAUCUGUGCCAAGGAGAUACCACACCUGCAAUGCUAUCUGAAGAGAACAAAUAUUGUUCAGUGUGGUAAAAUGUACACCAAAUUACUCAAAAAGAUUAAAAUUUAACAUAUUUUGCUGUUAAAACUGUGGAAUAUAUGAUGUAUAUAUGUGGAUAACAAGAUAAUACUUCAGAACUUUAAAGAUAUGUUGUGCAGUCAAUAAAAAUCUUACAUAACAACUAUAUACAAAACCAUAUACUCGUUGUUACAAUUCUGUUACAUUCUUGCAGCAAUGUAUUAGCAGGUUCAAAUUUACAAUGAAAUCUGACUAUGUAAACUUGUCAUAUGUAUUACAAUCUAACCAGCGUGACUACUAAUUUCCCCCAUAAAUAGGCACGUUAUAAUAUAGAAAUUUUUUCUAUAAACUGUUGUUGAUAAAAACCUCACAGACAUCUUGCGCUUUAUUUUUCCUCAUCAGUUAUUUUUGUUCACUAGUACUUACACAAUUAACUUCUGAGCAGUACCUCUGAUUUUAUAGAAAAUUAUGUCUUCAUCAUCAGAAAGCUACAGGGCUAUGGGCCUGUAUGGGCUGGGAAGUGGGACUAGUGUAGAUUUAUGUAUCUUUAGUCGCACAGACUCAAUGGGCUGAAGUGCCUGCUCUGUACUCUAUGAUCCCAUGUACCUCUGUUUAAAGUCGCUAUAAUACAAACAUAAAUACAUAUUUAGAUUUGCAGCGCUUUCUGACUGUCUACAGCCAUACAGUGUCAUACAGUGAUUGUGUCCAAGUUUAAUCUUGUUCCUGUGCUCUAGUCUUAGUACAAUAUUAUUUAUCAUUAAUUGUAUGUAUUAAGUAGCACUUUCAAUUAAUUGAUGAGGAUGAAAUAUAAUCCACAGAGUUGCAUCAUCUAAUGUUUGUGUCAUGAAAUGUAUAAAUGCUUUUUAACUAAA